AUGCUGAGAAGAUCUCUCAGCGUCGCUGGCCCUUCGGCUGGGGCCUGGGCGUCCACCUCGACACUACGUGGCGCCACUGCUGCUGCCUCUGCUCGUUCUCAGUUCUGCUUUCCUUCGUCAGAGGCCUCCUCGUCCCGAUCCAACCCUUUGAUACGCAGCUUUUUCAGCUCACUGCCCAGUUCAAGAGACCGAUAUGACAGCGGCUUCACUUCGCGUCCGGCGAAAGCAGAGUCUAAAUCUGGCUACACGGCUAGAUGGGGUGGCUCUGGCUCCAGCUCGCGCAACAACAACGAUCGAAGGGGCAAGGGUGGCAAGGACAGUCGGUUCAAAGGGAGGUUUCAGGGCAAGAACCGGAAUCAGAUCAAGGAUGUCGAUUUCUCCGUACCAGAUCCGCCAACAGGUCAGGAGGUGGCACGGAAGCUCGUAGAGAGGUUGACGGCUAUGGCUAGGGACUCGGAGCUGCCUCCUCAGCUGGUUGCGUACGGUAUCAAGGACGGACCUGCCCAAUUGCUACUCCAGUCUUGUCUAAACAGUGCUGAUGUUGGAGGAGACCAGAGACCGAUAUCGAAACGGGGUGCGUCCAAUUCAAAACGAGGGGAUAAUGCGGCAACAGCCAUCGAGCUCUUUCGAACAUGGUCCGAGCAAGCCAAGGACGCGAUUCCAGACCUAGCCGUCCUGCACGAUACAGGAAGACCCACUCAGGCAGAAGCAUUUUCGUACCUUUCCGACGCGGUCUCCUCUUACAGCAUCGAAGGGGAGGAGUGCCUCGGACGGUUCUGCGUCUCGGCCUUCCUCGACUGGGUCGAUCGCAGCUUCGAAGCUCUGUACGCUUCAUCAAAGUCGAACGCCUGGCCCACCGCAGCAGAAGCAGCUGAGGUCUCUCUCGCACGCUCCCAGCUAUCACUUCUACGUUCGUGUAUGGAUCUCCGCUUCCCCGUGCAACAGUAUCCCCGCGCUCGAACGCUGAUCCGCAACAUCCACCUGCACGUCGGUCCGACCAACUCGGGCAAAACACACGGUGCGCUCGUGGCACUCUCCAAGGCACGCACGGGCAUCUUUGCCGGACCUCUCCGCUUGCUUGCACACGAAGUAUGGGAUCGAUUCAACAGCGGCACCGUCUCGCCAGGCGUAGCUGCACGCGCGUGUAACUUGGUGACAGGCGAAGAGAAGCGCACCGUGGACCCGCUCGCAGGAUUGACGAGCUGCACCGUCGAGAUGGUCUCCACCACGCGCGCUGUGGAUGUAGGCGUUAUCGACGAGAUCCAGAUGAUAGGCGAUGCGCAGCGUGGCUAUGCCUGGACCAACGCCGUGCUCGGACUCCCCGCCAAAGAGCUGCAUCUGUGCGGAGAGGCGUCCGUAAUCCCCCUGAUCGAAAACAUCGCCAAAGCAUGUGGCGAUCAUCUCACUGUACACCGAUACGACCGCCUCACGCCGCUCAGCGUCGCCGACGAAAGCCUGCACGACGAUCUGCGCAAGAUCGAACGGGGAGACUGCAUCGUCGCGUUUUCGCGCUCGGGUAUCUUUGCGCUCAAGCGCGAUAUCGAGAGUAAGACGGGUCUGCGGUGUGCUGUAGCCUACGGAGCGCUGCCGCCAGAGACCAAGGCGGAGCAGGCCAAGCUGUUCAAUGCGGGCAAGCUUGAUGUGAUGGUGGCGAGCGAUGCGAUUGGGAUGGGUCUCAAUCUGCGCAUCAAGCGCGUGGUGUUUGACACUCUCACCAAGUGGAACGGUAAGGAAGAGGUGGUGCUGUCUGCGAGCCAGAUCAAGCAGAUUGCGGGGCGAGCGGGUCGAUACGGCACGCAGGACAAAGACACCAAAAAGGCGGAUCUUGGAGGGGUGGUGACGACACGCCACGAACACGAGCUCGAGAUCCUGCGUGCUGCACUGGCGUCACCCCUGCUUCCGAUCACACGCGCGUCGAUCCAGCCAUCAUCGGAAACGCUCAGCCAGCUCAGCGCGAUGCUGCCCGGCAAAGGCGGCAGGAGCAGCGGGGUGCGGACGCUGUCGCAGAUCUUCGCGGACGUCUCGCUGCUCUCGCGAAUCGAUUCGAACCACUACUUUUUGUCCGACUUCAGCCAGCAGCUGACGAUCUCGCCGCUCAUCGAGACGGCCUCGAGCGGCAUGCUGACUGUUAGCGAGAGGGAGACGUUCUCGAAUGCACCGGCGAAUACACGCGACGAGCGUGUUGUGGCCUUUCUGUGCAACGGCGUGCGCCAGUUCAGCCGCGGUGGGCUUGUCGAGUUCGACGAAGCUGCCAAGGACCUGGCGAUGCUCGAAGUCGAGGCGGACGUGGUCGCGCUCAUGCAGCAGGCGAUCGACGCACGCAACGCGCAACCCUCCGCACGCAGGCAGGCGAACGACCAAGACGCCCUGCCACUCUUUGCCUUCCUCAACGUUAGCAGCGACUCGGUUCCCGUCGGCGGCAGCUCCACGCAUCCCCUCAUCAACAUCACAACGCUGCUGAUGCUCGAAUCGCUGCACAGGUGCUUCACGCUGUACCUGUGGUUGAGCUUCCGUUUCCCGUUGGCGUUUUGCUACAGGGCCGAGGUGGACAGGCGCAAGAAGGUGGCCGAGGAGGCGAUUGACUUUGUUCUGCAGGGGAUCCGGUUUGGCAGGGCCAAGCGACUGCAGGCAUUGGGGAGGACGGGCAAGCAGGGGCGUGGGAAGGGCGAGACGAAGGCGUCAGCGUCGGCUGUGUGA